GAUCAGUAGCCAGCUUCUCCAAGCGAUUGAGCAGUCAAAGAUCUCAAUACCAAUCUUUUCCAAAGGAUAUGCACAUAGUACAUGGUGCCUUAGGGAGUUGGUCAAGAUGGUGGAGGGCAAGAACACAAGGAGACAUAAGAUCAUGCCCAUUUUCUACAAUGUCACACCAUCCGAGGUAAAAUACCAGACUGAUCACUACGGCAAUGCCAUUGUUUCUCAUGCAAACAAGAAGCGAUUCGAUGAUGAGACUAUCAACAAUUGGAAGGCUGCUCUCAAUGAGGUUGGAGCACUAAAGGGAUGGGACUUCCAAAGCAUGCCAAACAGAGGUAAAGGUGAAUUUGUGAAAGAAAUUGUCAAUAAUGUUUUGACUGAGUUGAAAACUGCCUACUUGGAAGUAUCUGAUUGCUUAGUCGAAGUAGACAAUCAUGUGGAUGAAAUCAUGAGGAUGAUAUGUACACAUAAUCAUGAAACAAAGAUCAUUGGAAUCCACGGUAUUGGUGGCAUGGGAAAGACGACUCUUGCCCAAAUAGUGUACAAUCAACUUUCUGAUGAUUUUUCUAAUUGUUGCUUCCUUUCCAACAUUCGAGAAACAGAGAUUACACGCUUGCAAAAUCAGCUCAUAUCAAACAUCCUGAAGAAAAGAUGGCCCGAUAUCAACAAUAUCAUGGAAGGAAAAAAGGUGAUUAAAGAAAGGUUAUGUUGUAAAACAGUGCUUCUUUUGCUUGAUGAUGUUGACGAAGCAAGUCAACUUGAUGCGCUUGUGCAAAAGCGUGAGUGGUUUGGCAAGGGAAGCAAGAUUAUCAUUACAACUAGAGAUCGAGGAAUUCUCAAUGUGCCUACACUUGUUGAUUGGACUUACGAACUUAUUGGCAUGGAUUUUGAUCACUCUCUUCAACUUUUUAGUAAGCAUGCCUUUAGAAGAGAUUAUCCCAUAGAACAAUACAUCUUUCACUCGAAAAGAGCUGUAAAUAUUUGUAGCGGUCUUCCUUUAGCUCUUGAAGUUAUAGGUUCUCUUUUAUCUGGAAAAAGCAUAGAGGAGUGGGAUGCCACAUUAAAGGAGUUAGAAGAAUUUCCUCAUGAGGAUGUUCAAAAGAAAUUGAUGAUCAGCAUUAAGGCUUUAAAUGAAGAUCAAAGAAAUAUAUUUUUUGACAUUGCUUGUUUUUUCAUUGGGAUUGAUAAAAGAAUUGUGAUUUACAUGUGGGAAAACUGUAAGUUUCUUCCUCAACAAUCUCUUAACACCCUCCAGCAAAGAUCUUUGAUAAAGAUUAAAGAAGAUAAUCGACUGUGGAUGCAUGAUUGGUUAAGAAAUAUUGGAAGAAAUCUUAUACAACAAGGAAGUGGUUGGCAACCAGAGAAGCAACGAUGGGUGUGGACUCAUGCACAAGCAUUGGAAAUUAUGGAGAAAAUGCAGAUGGGAGGAGUUCAUGGAAUUGGAAGUAUCGAAGCAAUAUGUCUCAAGCUUGAUGAAAUAUCUCAAUACUCCUUGAUUAAAGAAUGCCUGGCAAGUCUUUCAAAUCUAAGGUUCCUUCAAGUGGAUAGCAAAGACUUUGAUGGAAUCACAAAGUCUGUCCUUACUCAAGUGAGUGGUUUUCUAACUUACCAGUGCUCAAAUUUUGUUCAAACCACAUUUAGCAAGCUUAUCCUUCCGGAGUUGAGAUGGCUUUCAUGGAGAUACUUUCCUCGGCUUUUAAGCUGACCAAUUUCUCCAUGAGGAAGCUACUAAUCCUUGAUCUGUCAAUGAGUAGAGUCACCGAAAAAUGGGAUGGAUGGAGCCACGUCAAGUUGGCUAAGAAUUUGAAGGUCCUAAAUCUGACCGGAUGCAUGAAGAUGCGUAAAACCCCAAACUUGUCUUUCCAUGUGAUUUUAGAGCGACUAAUCCUCGAAAGUUGCGAGAAUUUGGUUCAAAUUCAUACAUCGAUUAGUCAGCUUAAGAAGUUAGUCUUCUUAAACUUGAAGGAUUGUAAUAAUCUUCGAGAGCUACCAAACGAGAUGGGGGCACUAGAAUCUUUGAGGGAACUUCUUCUUGACUCUAUAGCUAUUGAAGAGAUCCCUGAAUGGAGAAGGAUGAAAAAACUAGAAUUUCUUAGCUUGGACAAGUGUACAUUACUGAACAAGUUUAGUUUUGUUGGUUGCGCAGCUGCAGCAACGACCCUCUCAUUAGUGGAUAGCCACUUGACUCAACUGCUUAAGUCGAUUGAAAAUUUCAACUCCCUAAUUUACUUGAAUCUAUCAAGUACAAAUAUGCGGGAGUUACCUGAUGUAACUGGGAACAUGAAGAAUUUGAAAGUUCUAAAGAUGAGAUGCCCCUUGAGAAAACUAUCUAGCACCAUUGGAAUGUUGGAGAAGCUCGAAGAGCUAGAGGCAUGGGGUACUUUUAAAGAAAUUCCCAAUAAUAUUGGGAAUCUACGACGUCUAAAAAAUUUGAUAUUGGGUAGCCCCAGAAUUUC